GUGUCUACUAAUAGGAGCCAACUUCAAUCAAUUUCAAGGCAAAAUGUCCUCCAGAGUCAUCAGAUCACACUCCAAGGGAUCUUCAAAAUCUAAACCAUUAUCACCAUAUCUCAAUACAGUUUAUGAUCAAUUAAAUGAACAAAUAGAUAGAAUACUUGGUGACUUCACCCCAACUGCAAAAGUUACAAUCAGUUACCAAAAGCUCUAUAAGUUUGUUGAGUUCUUGUGUCGUGAUAAGAUGCAAUCCAAAAUAGCUGCCACCCUAUUUGAGAAACUAGAUGCAUUUAUAAACAAAAUUGCAGAUAUAAUAUAUCAAGCAUACUGGGACUUAGGGCAUGACGAACUAGUCGGAAGAUUUGUUGAGUUGGCAACUAUUAUUGAUGUUAAAGUCACUGCUUUGGAAAAGAUACAUCUAUACCUUGAUAGAACAUAUCUUUUAAAUCAUCCUGCGAAGAAAACAAUAGUCAGACAUGCAAUGUGCACUUUUGUUGAAAGCUGUGCUGGUGUAGAUAAUGGAAAUGGUGAUGAAUAUAAAAAAGAUGUUUUAUACCAAGUUGUGAUGGAGUUUACUUUUAUACUAGGAAAGUUAAGGGAUGGAAAUUUACAUGUUGAACCAUUACUCCUCAGGUCAUACCAUUAUUUGCACAAAAUCUUCUACCUGACACAGAGAAAUGAUUAUCUUGACAAUGAGAUCUUUUCACGGCAAGAGGAUUUCUAUCAGGAGGAGCAGGAUGCUAUUAUUACUUGUCGUGAUACAUCACCCGAACUUCCUGACUUUAUAGUCGCCCGUUGUGAUUCAGCAGAUGAGAUUUUUGAUACAAUGUACAAAAUGAUCCUAAGAGAGCUUCAAUUUUGGGGAAAAACAGAUGCAGACGACAAAUUCAAGUUGAAAAUAAAAGAAUAUGCUGUUGAAAACCUUAUUUUUCAUGAUUUUGAUAAACAAGCAGUGCAAUUUGUGAAACCUUUGUUUGUUAGUAAAAACUAUUUAGGGGUUUCAAGAAUGUUUAAGUUUGUAAUAAACUCAUCAACUUCCAUCAGUUCAAACAAGUACUUGAAAACUUUUUUGAAUAUCUGGUAUUCAUAUGUUUGUGAUUAUCUUCAUCUGUUACUCAAGGAUACACAACAAGAUAUGGUUGAAAAAUUAAUUAAGGCAAAAAAGAAUUUGACUCUGAUAAUGCAGAAAUAUAUGGAUUCAAAUUCAGAAGUUGAAUUUAAGUUGAGAGAAGCUUUUAGAACUUCUCUGCAUAGCUCAAAUAAAGAUACUGAGAUUCUGAGCAAGUUACUGAAAUAUAUUGAUAAUUUUUUCAAAACGGUUGAUCCUUCCAAUACAGAAGAUAAUCUCAAAGUUGUUGAUGAUUUAUAUCUGAUUUUCAAAUCUGUCAAAACGAAAGCUACAUUUAUCAAACAAUACCAACGUGAUCUAUCAAGGAGAUUAAUCAUUGGUGUUUCAAAAGACAAGGAUUUGGAAAAAUCAUUGAUAUCUAAGAUUAGAAACGAGGUUGGUGAUGAAGAUUCCAAGCCAUUGUUGACAAUGUUUGAUGAUUUACAAAUCAAUGAAACUGUUGCUUCAUCCUUUAAAGAGAAGUUAUCAACUGUUGAAGCUAAUUCGUUCACAGGGUUUGAUCCAUUGGUUUUGAACUCUAAGGCAUGGCCAAUUCCCAAAGCUAGCAUCAAGAUACCUGAUGAAAUGAAUGAUUUAAUGACAAGGUUUCAAAAGUUUUACUUAGAGACCCAUGAUAAGAGAAAGUUAAACUGGUGUCCUGCUCUGAGUCAUAUGACGAUCGGUGCUCACUUUCCUAAAGGUGACAAAGAACUUCAGGUGAGUUCAUUUCAAGGUAUCGUACUCUUAUUAUUCAAUGAUCAUGACAAGUUAUCAUUCAAUGAAGUUAAAGAGAUGACUGAGCUGGAUUCAAAAAGUCUCUCAAGUAUCUUGUACUCACUUACUAGUGGUAGAUACAAAAUUUUAAAAAAAGAUUCUGCUGGUAUUUAUUCAAUGAACGAUGAAUUUGAAGAUCGUAAAAAAUCUAUAAAAGUGAAACAAAUUCAAAUGAAACUGAAAAAUGGGGAAGAUGAAGACGUAUGGAUGCAAGAAGUGGAUGAUAAUGUUUUCAAAGCUGAUAGAGAUGAAAUUACUAAAGCUUUUAUUGUAAGGGAAAUGAAGUCAGAAAAAGAGAUGGACCAUGAUGUGCUUAUGAAAAAAACUGUUGAUCGUUUUGUUGUUGAGUCCGCCGAAGUUAAGCGAAUUAUUCAACUCUUAUUAGACAGUGAAUAUAUUGAAAGAAUCGAGACAGAUAGGUAUAGAUACAUUCCUUGA